AUGACCGGCGACUUUUACAAGCGAGCCUUUUGGAAGCGAACCAUCCUGAACCCUGGGUUACGACACCGCUCAUCUCGCUUAAACUACAGGGUUACCCAUUUGGACGAAGCGUGUGGUGACCGCUGGGCAGAGACCCCUGACGAUGUGGAUCGUAACUACCAAUGGCAGUGGGACGGCUAUCCGUACCCACAGUUACUACCUGUUGCACAAAACGGGUGGCUGAAGAUACGAGAGCCGGCUACGCCGCUCCGCCAGACCGUUCCGCAUCUCGCCCGUAUCCGGCGGGCCAUUUCUCCACGCAUCGGAAGUUGUCAGCCGUUGCGUCAUACACGCCACUUACAACACCACCAACAAUCGGACGACCCGAUGCCCACGCCAGCCGUGGAUAGGCAACUCCGAGCACGGCAGUUGUUACGUUUCGUCGGGACAGACCACCCGCACGUAACGCAUGUCGACCGCAAGGAUAUCGACCACGCACGUUCCUUCUACUCCUGGUUCAAGAAGUGGCGACCCGUGACGACUACAUCGACACCUUCUAUAUCCAGUGUGGGAAGCAACAACCACCACCAGGCAGUAACGACCGACUGUCCAUCGGAAAGAAAUAACCAACCUGUGGAAACUGCUUCCAACGCCUCCGAGGAAAUAUCAACGCCCACGCUCUACACACACGCAUCCUCCACCAGACCAUCCUCCCCUACACCAACCACGUCAGACCUCCCAUCAACGGGUAACACGCCAAAGACCAGCACCUACCGACGCUCGACCAGUACGGACAACAACGUCGACAUGGCUGACAACGGGCGACGCCAACCAGUCCCAGACCCAGAUGGCCCUCUUACAGCACAAGCCGCAGCCGCAUUGAUGGCUGCCGCUUUCCGUCAACAUCGAGAGAACCAGAAUGCCGACAUGGGUAACCUUCUGGCAGCCGCAAUCGACCAUCAACAGCGUCAACAACCAGCCGCAUCCACCGCGUUGCAGGCAGUCGACGUUGGCUAUUUCGAUCCAUCCGCCAAAGACCCAUCUGGCGCAGGUCUAAUAUCGGGCGGCAAAAUCAACAAAUAUACCGACAUCUUUCCAUUUUGCGACAGGUUGGUCGACCUCGCCGCCACCCAUGGCGACGACGCGGUACGCCGUAUUUGGUCCCAAUGCCUGCAAGGCCCUGCAUUGGUUUGGCAUUCCCACAUCCUCACUGACGACGAUCGGGAAUUGUUGCGUACCGCAACCAUCAACGCCAUCUGCAACAAGUUGAAAAGCCGUUUCAAGAUCGACUAUUCAGUGGCACUGGAUACCCUCAAGCAGUCCCGGUUUACGAUGUCCGAUGUCGCCAAUGACAAGGAUAUCAUGGCCUUUGUGCAGACAAUGAUGCGCAAUGCAAAGGCGUGCGACAUGAGCCGGCACGGCCAGUUGAUCGCUGCGUUCGAGGCACUCGACGGAGACAUUCAGAGUGAACUGGAUAAGCCGACUUCCACCACCGAAAUCGACAGUUUCUUACGUCAAAUUCAAGAACGCGAAAGCGUCUUGCGGAAGCGCGCGCAACGAUUUCGCCAACCGCAACAGCCGUAUCGCCAACACCAUAUCGGAAUCAGGGGCAACAACAACAACAGUCACUCUGGAACCGUUAUCAACAACAACGGUAUCAACCACAAGGCCAAGAUUCGCGGCCAAGGAUUGCAACCACAAGGACAACAGUGGCAGUACAACCAGUACAAUGUCGGAAACCAGCCCGCCAACAAUCAACGGCAGUACGGCCAGCAACAACAGCAGGCGCAACAACCGGGAGCAGUCGUUCCUGAAAAUCGACGUCUUCCCGCGCCACCGCAACGUAAUCAAUACCGGCCACCCACACCCGGCAGAGCCAUCCCAGCGUUCCACGGCUCCGCCCAAUACCAACAGCCGUCGGUUGAAGAUGCGCCGGAGCAGGAUGUCGCCGGUCCGGAUGACUUCGGCCCCGCCGAAUCUUACUACGGCAAUGCCCCCUAUCCCGACGACGAAUAUCCCGCCGCACCGGAAUGGCUGGAUGUCGACCACCGCGGCCCGGAUACCGACACCACCGACACGCCUGACGAUGUCGUGGCCCAAUUCGUGUCGCUGUCCAUCGCAUCGAAAUGCCGGCAUUGCGCGAAGAGCUUUCCGUCAAACAACAAACUGAUGGCACACAUAUACGCAGACCACCUCAAACGCCCUCGACCCGACAGGAAGGCGAGAGCUGACACUGCCGGCGCCAUUCCGAGCGCCAGAGAAGUCGUCGAUGCCCACUUGGCUGAGGCACACCCUGUCGCCGACGAUCCGAUGCAUCUUUCGAAGAUCGUCGAAUCAAAAAACCACCCGCGCCCCCGGUCCCGGCUGUACCGCAACGUUGGUCGACAGGCAAUGGUUGGCCGCCCCCAUACAGUCAUUCGUCACCGUGCCAGCCCCCUGAUGGUCCGUGGCAUCGGAAAAGGAGUACACAACACACUAGACUACGCCAUCAUCGACCUCAAUUUCUACGGUACAUUACCAUCCGGCUCAACCGCCAUCGCGAGCUUUACACGCGAGGUUACGAUUGUUGACGACUUACGCGCCAACAUGCUCCUUGGUAUGGAUUGCAUGACCCCGGAGAAAUUCGACAUAUUGCUAUCUGACGAAGCCAUCGUUAUCAAUUCGUGUGGCGGCAUCCGGAUACCCAUUACCACCAAACGGCACGGCAAACCCAUCAAGUCGAAAGUCAUCGCUAAACAUCGCAUUUCUAUUCCACCACAAACGCUGGCGUCUAUCGCUGUCAACCACGCCGUUCAUGUUGACGACGGCCAGACCCUCUUGUUCGAACCAGCCACGUUGAACGUGUCAGUAUUUGCAGCCGUCGCAGAUUGUCACAUGGAAUCAGCCAUCGUGCGGAACGACACGAACCGCCCGAUUACGGUCCACGCUAACCAAUGCGUCGGCCACCUGGUAUCGAUGGAACCAGACUGUCAGGCGUACUUGGUCGACGACGCUGCCGCCGCCGAACUGGCCGUUCACAAACCCGCGCCACCACCAGAGGAACGCAGACUUGCAACAAUGACCGAGGACGACAUUAAGCUCAACACUAUUCAGCAUCCGUGCGGCGUCACAAUUUACAACUUACCGCCCGCACAAAUGGCCCCCUUGUGGUCACUGGUAACCGAAUACCAGGACGUCUUCAAAGACAAAGGCUUUGUCAACCUGGACCAAGACCAAUGGAUGCGCGUUAAAUUACGACCCGGCUGGCAUGAAACACUUCCAAAGAAAUGCCGAAUCUACCCCAUGAACGCAGAGGACCGCGGCGUCGUCAAGGAUACCAUUGGGAAACUGGAAAGCGGCGGAAAGGCCACAAAGACCCGGUUUCAAGUGCCAUUUUCCUUCCCUGUCUUCGUCGUGUGGCGAACAAUGCCCGAUGGCACCAGGAAAGGCCGCAUGGUAGUCGACAUUCGCAUGCUCAACAAGAUCGUUCUUCCCGACGCAUAUCCAAUGAAGUCACAGGACGACAUUAUGGCAAGACUGGCCAACGCCAAGUACAUCACGAUCCUCGACGCCGUUGCGUUUUACUAUCAAUGGUUGGUCGACCCGCGUGACCGCUGGGUAUUUACCAUGAACACUCCCGAAGGCCAAUAUACCUUCAACUGUGUCGUUAUGGGUUACCGAAACAGCAAUGCGUACGUUCAACGCCAAAUGAAUUUGCUUCUCAAACACAUCGACGCAGCCGACGCAUAUUGCGAUGACGUCGCCAUCGGUUCCCGGAAAUUCGACACCGACGACGGCCACCUCGCCCACCUUCGCCGCGUAUUUGACGCAUUGCGCCGCCGAAAUAUAUCUAUCGGGCCCAGCAAAUCGUUCAUCGCAUUUCCCAGCGCGACAGUUCUCGGCCGUAUGGUAAACAGCAUGGGCAUGUCAACCACGACAGAACGGCUGUCAGCCAUUACCAAGUUGAACUUUCCAGCUACCCUCAAGGACCUCGAGUACUUUAUCGGCGCCACCGGUUGGCUCAGGCACAAUGUACCGCUGUAUUCUAUCCUGGUCGAACCGCUGCAACGGCGAAAGACGGCAUUGUUGAAAACACGGAAUCGGAAAGGAAAACGACGGUCAUGGUCGCACGCGGUUCAGUUACUAUUGCCCACCUCCGAGGAACUGGCAUCCUUCGAAGCGGUCAAAGCCGCAUUAUCCAGACAUACGACACUAGCAUUCUUCCGCGACGCGGAUCCAUUUUGCAUCGACGUAGACGUAUCGGCACUCGGCAUCGGCGCUGAGGUUUACCACAUUGAACCAGCCGCCCUGCAAAAAGUCACCAAGGACGGCCUCAUCGUCAAAUAUCCCCCGCGCACCGCCAUCCAGCCACUCGCGUACCUCUCCCGAACACUGUCGUUGGCCGAAAGGGACUACUGGCCGACGGAGAUGGAAGUUCUCGGCUUGGUAUGGGUGUUGGCCAAGUGCAAGCGAUGGAUAACCGCUACCAAGUCAUCCCCCCUUUACGUUUUUACAGACCACAAAUCAAUUUUGGGUCUCAACAACAGAACGGCAGACAUUACCAGCUCUACAUCAACGACGAACAAACGACUUAUCCGCGCAGCUGAGUUUUUCAGUACGUUUGACCUGCGAAUCCAACACAAGCCCGGCAAAUUCCACGUCGUGGCCGAUGCACUGUCACGACUACCGUCGACGAACAACGUUACCGAUCCGCAAGCACCCGGAGGUCUUGAUAACCUUCCCAACGACAGAGAGGAACACUGGGCGUUUUGCGCCGCCACGGCACCUCUCCGGCUUCCGUCAAUCAGAACGUUCCCCGAACCGGCGGACAAGGAUGUCGAUCUUGGCCAGCCGACGGCUACAACGACCUCCGGUAUCGUCACCCUGGACAUCCACCCAGAGUUUGUUGAACGGUUACAAGAAGGAUACUUGCAGGAUCCAGUUUGGAAGCGCACGAUGACCGUCAUCCGCCAAAACAACAGCCUUCUACCAGCAAACAGAGCAAAUCUACCAUUCGAACUACAUAAAGGUUUACUUUGGAAAACCGGCGGCCAGGUUCCCCGCCUGUGUGUCCCACGUACCUGUCUGACCGACAUCCUGAACGCCAUACACGACGGAAACCACAGAGGCUUUCAAGCGUUGCGCACUCGGCUAUCUAAUUUCUGCAUCAGCCAGCCAACAAAGAUGUUGCGCGCGUACGUCAACGCAUGCCCACAAUGCAAGGCGAACGACCGACGACACCACUCGCCAUAUGGAUCCUUGCAACCGCUAACCGGCAACGAGUGCCCAUACUAUAUGAUCACAAUCGAUUUCAUCGUCGAUCUGCCGACAUCUACCGACAAGCUUGACGUUGCACUGGUCAUCGUCGACAAACUCAGCAAGGAGACGCAAAUAGUCUUGGGCAAAUCGACAUGGAAAUCGUCACACUGGGGACCACAGUUGUUGAAUCGCCUGCUGACGGCCAACUGGGGCCUACCGAAGGUCAUCCUGUCAGACCGCGACCCGAAAUUCACAGCCGCGUUGUGGCGAGCCAUCUGGAAGACACUGGGCACCAAUCUCCUUUACACGACGGCAUACCACCCAUCAACCGACGGUCAGAGCGAACGUACAAUCCAAACCAUCGAAUCGGCAUUACGCCACUACAUCCAAGCAUUGGAUGACUUCACUAGAUGGCCGGAAACCGUUCCACGAUUGCAGUUCGAACACAACAAUAUACGGUCACGGACGACCGGCAAGUCGCCGAACGAAAUCGUUAAGGGUUUCAACCCAGUUGCCGUAGCGGAUGUCAUCGGUGACCACCAACCCGCUAGAGAUCCAAACCUUCCACAGCUACGUAUGGAAGCACACGACGCCGUCGCCAUCGCCGCAAUGACGAUGAAACACUACUACGACCGUCGUCACAUGCCACGUUUUUUCGACGUGGGCAGUAAAGUCUGGCUGCGGGUCCACAAAGGUUACAAUAUGCCGGCAACUGACCUCAUCGGGCCGAAGUUCAGUCAACAAUACGCGGGACCGCUGGAAGUUGUCGAACGUGUCGGACGAUCCGCAUACCGGCUACGCCUCCCACCAUCGUGGAGGAUCCACGACGUCGUCAGUAUUGACCAUUUGGAGCCACACACCUUCGACCCAUAUGGAAGACAACUACCCGCCAUUCAGCCAGUCACGACGCACAACCAGACUGUCAAAGCCAUCGUCAGUCACCGGCUCCGUGGUAACGGUAACCAGUACCUCGUCAAAUAUGACGGUUUGGGCGCUGAAUUUGACCAAUGGCUCCCCGAACAACGACUGGCAUCGAUUGCGCCCGGCAUUCUACAACAGUGGUUACAACAGCAACAACACCACAAGUGA